AUGAGUAUUGAGAUAGAAGAAAAAAAUAGAAAUUCUCAAGAAAAUAAGAAAGAUAAAGAAAAUGAAGGUGAAAAUAAACAUAAUACAAGCAUGGAAGAUUAUGAAUAUGUAAAAAAAAAAAUUGAAAAUUUAAAAAUAAAUAUAGAUGAAAAUUUCUCAAAUUGUCAAAAUAAUUUAAAUGACAUGAAAUUUGAGAAAGAAAAGAAAAAAAGUAGCGAUAAAAAUUCUUUUGGUGACACCAAUGAAAAUUUUAGUAAUCAAAAUAAAAUUCAUGAAAAUUUAAAUAUCAUUAAUGGUGAUAAUACAGUUAAUGAACAGAAGGAUGGUAAUAUUAAUAAUAAUAAAGAUGAUUCUAAUAAUGCUUCCAUUAAAUUGAACAAUAAAAAAAAUGAUGAUUUAUGUAAUGGAUGUAAGAAAAUUUUAAGUAAAAAAUUAAGUUGUCCUAUAUGUUUAAAAAAUAAUUUAAAUAGUUAUUUUUGUAGUCAAGAAUGCUUUAAAAAUUCAUGGAAAGAGCAUCAAAUUAUUCAUGAAAAUAUCCAAAAUAAUGAAAAAGAUAAUUUCAUGUCAAUAGUUAAGAAAAAGUUAUCUCCAACAUAUUACGAUCCUAAUAAUAUGAAAUAUUGGAGAUAUGAUAAUCAUUUAAAAAAUUUUAUUGAUUUUAAAUUUACAGGUGAUGUAAGACCAUGGCCUAUAUCUGAAAUUAACGAAGUUCCUCAACAUAUAGAACGACCUGACUAUGCAAUAAGUUCUAUACCCCAUUCUGAAUUAAUAUAUAAAAGAAAAAGUGAUAUUUAUAUAAAUAAUGAGGAAGAAAUAGAAAGAAUAAAAGAAGCUUGUAUAUUAGGAAGAAAAGCAUUAGAUUAUGCUCAUUCAUUAGUUUACCCAGGAGUAACAACAGAUGAAAUAGAUAAAAAGGUUCAUAAUUUUAUAAUUAAUAAUAAUGCAUAUCCAUCUACAUUAAAUUAUUAUAAAUUUCCAAAAUCUUGUUGUACAUCAGUUAAUGAAAUUGUUUGUCAUGGUAUACCUGAUUAUAGACCAUUAAAAACUGGAGAUAUUGUAAAUAUAGAUAUAAGUGUGUUUUAUAAAGGAGUUCAUGCAGAUUUGAAUGAAACUUUUUUUGUUGGUGAUAUAAAUGAAAUAUCAAAAGAAGCAAAAGAAUUAGUAGAAACUUGUUAUUUUUCAUUAAUGGAAGCAAUUAAAAAAUGUAAACCAGGAAUGUUAUAUAAAAACAUUGGUAACAUAAUAGAUGCAUAUGUAUCAAAAAAAAAUUUUUCAGUAGUUCGAUCUUAUUCUGGACAUGGAGUAGGAAAACUUUUUCAUACAAAUCCUACUAUCCCACAUUUUAAAAAAAAUAAAGCUGUAGGUAUAAUGAAACCUGGACAUAUUUUUACAAUUGAGCCUAUGAUUAAUCAAGGACAUUAUAGCGAUAUUUUAUGGCCAGAUAAAUGGACAAGUGCUACUUCUGAUGGAAAAUUAUCAGCUCAAUUUGAGCAUACUUUAUUAAUUACAGAAAAAGGAGUAGAAAUUUUAACAAAGAGAACAAAAGAUUCUCCUAGUUUAGGUUUUGAUACAAAAGAUCAUUUAUAUUACACCUAG